CGCGAGCACGCUUGUUCGUACAACAAGCAAAAAAACUACACAAUGUUGAUAAGUUUCCUUGAAUUAUUUUAUGCCGUAAACUUUUUGGGAUACUGUACAACAAUACUAGUGCGGUGUCUUUGGAUUUUGUUGUCAUGCUAUUGGAUACAUGUUAUGACAAUUUGGAUGAGUUUCAGGCGGAAAACCUUCAGUUGCUCUUAGACCGCGACCAGUAGCAAACGUCAAGGAAAAUGUCGCUAAUACAAACUUUAGCGACGAUUACACUUUUAGUGCUCGCUAAUUAUACCAACGGACGAUGGGUCGACGUGAAGUCGGAAGAUUCGGAAAAGCAGCUGUUCCUGAGUCGAAGAGUUGUGACCGAGUCUGCGGAGUUUGACGGUGGUGUUCUAGUCGACGAGAAGGGAACAAUCGAAGGAGUUUUCACACGCAAUGCAGUCGACACAUUCCUUACAUCUAAGACUAGCAAUGUUAAGAUUAUAGAUGGUGGGGACCUCGCACUUAUGGCGGGCGUGGUGGACUCGCACGUACAUGUUAACGAGCCCGGACGCACCUCCUGGGAAGGCUACGUGACAGCCACGCAGGCCGCGGCAGCUGGGGGCAUCACUACAGUCAUAGAUAUGCCACUUAAUUCGAUACCACCGACGACAACAGUAGAAAAUUUGAGGGUAAAGGCUUCAGCAGCGAAAGAAGAAGUAUUCGUCGAUGUUGGAUUCUGGGGUGGUAUUGUUCCUGGCAAUGAGAUGGAACUACACGAUUUGAUAAGGGCUGGCGUAGUAGGCUUUAAAGGUUUCUUAGCGGACAGCGGAGUUGCAGAAUUCCCGAAUGUCAAUCAAAUUGAGUUAGGAACUAUUUUCUCUGUUCUCAACGGUACUGGAACAGUAUUGGCGUUCCAUGCUGAAUUAGAAAUCAACGAGACAAAUACUCAAUGCGAAGGAUUUGAUUGCACCGACCCACAUUUGUAUAGCACGUAUUUGGCCACCCAUCCUCCUGAAAUGGAAGAAGCGGCUGUAUCUUUAAUAGCAAGCUAUUUGCCGACCACAGACGUGCACGUUCACAUAGUGCAUGUGUCAGCGGCGGGCGUCGUCCCUAUCCUGGAGAAAGCCAGGUUGGAGCGCAUCCACGCCGGGAACAAGGGCUGGCGCGGCGGCGUCACCGCAGAGACCUGCCACCACUACCUCACGCUCAGCUCUGAGCAGAUACCCGCUGGCCACAGCGAGUACAAAUGCUCGCCGCCUAUUAGAAAUAAUACUAACAAGCAACAACUCUGGGAGUACAUCAAGGAUCACAGACUAGACCUGGUCGCAUCAGAUCACUCGCCGUCGGUAGCGGCCUUGAAAUCAUCCAACUUUUUAGAGUCAUGGGGUGGAAUAUCAUCCGUUCAAUUCGGCCUUUCCUUGUUCUGGACCCAGGCUAAAGCGAGAGGCUUCAAGUUGGGCGAUGUGAGCCAUUACCUGUCGGCUGGCCCGGCGCAGCUGUGCGGCCUGCAGAACAGGAAGGGCGCCAUCAGGCCGGGUCUCGACGCUGAUCUCGUAUUCUUUGACCCUAACGCUUCGUUCGUUGUCACGCCUGAUAUCAUAUUCUACAAGAACAAGAUAAGUCCAUACAUGAAUAGAGUAUUAAAUGGAAAAGUAAUUCAGACAUACGUAAGAGGACAACUUGUUUAUGCUGACGGACAAAUAAUCGGCGGACCUAAGGGGCAACUGUUACUUAAAGAUGAAAUGAACACAACAAUUACACUAGAAGUUAAGAAAUCUAAAGAGGAUAUUAAGAAACUAUCGCUUUCAAAAGCGACAGCUACUUCGACAACGGAGAAUCCUUCUUUGAGCACAAUAAAAUCAAAAGAGAACUGUAAAAUGUCGAAAAUUGAGCCAAGUUCCAAGUUGUUGAAAGAAGUUGAUAUUAAAAAGGAGACAGACAAAGACAGCGAAGUCAAUUCUGCCGAAAGCCCGCGGUCAUUAGUUUUAUCACUUAUUCUACAGAGCUUAUUCAUAUUGUUAAAUUAGUAUUAGUUUAUAGAA